AUGCCACCAGCCUCCCUCGGCGGCCGCUUGCCGGGCCGCCUCCUCGGGGCGGGGUGUCCGGCGCGGCGCGGGGCGGGGCGGGCCGGGCGGAGGAGGGGCCGGCGCGGCGGGACGGCGGGCCCGGCAGGUCUGCCCCGCAGGCGCCGCGCGGCGGGAGUGAGGUGGCGGGACGCGUGGGGCGCCUGCGCUCGGAUCCCACUGCUGCCCGGGCCGCACGUCCGAAGACCCGAGGUGAGGGCCGCGCACGCCGCCGACUGGGCGCACAGUCCGGGGCCGGAGCGGGACCGAGUCCCCGAAACGGGCGCGGGUAGAAUGGGACCGUGCGGAAAGCGGCCGGGUGCGGGCGCCGCGGCGGCACCCACAGAGCACAGAGCCGUUGGGCAGACGCGGUCGUGCGGGGCCGCACGGAGCGCCCUGUCUGGGACCCGGUGUGGAGCGCCGCACGCACUCGCACCCGCGCUUCUCGGCCUAAAACCGCCAUUCCGCCCCCAGAGGCGUGGCGCGAACGGCGGGAAGCCUCUGCGAGCCGAAGGGAGCGUUCCCGGGAGACGGGCGGCGCAGGCCGGCACAGCCGCUGCGAGUCACGCAGACCCCGGCCCGCAGCGGCGACCUGCUGCGUCACCUUGGGCGGGAUCGAAACUUCUGGGCCUGGCCUCUCUCUUCAGGACAAUAACGUGCAGGAGGCUGAAGGGGCACCACAAGCGUUCCCGCCGCCCUCCCGCGGCCGGGUGCGAACGUAAGGCGCGGGCCCGCGGGCCCCAGGAGCUGGCGGCUGCUAGCGACAGCUACCCAUCUGAGGAACUUCCUCUCACAGACUUUCCCACUUUCCCAUCCCUAAGGGGCCCCACCGCCCUGUCUCCUUUUCCUCUGUUUUCUGAGGAAACCCUGAGCGGCGUAACUCUGACCCCGCCGGAGAGAGGGCGCACGGGUGGAGGGAAUUUGCGCGGAGCCCUGGACGCAUGCUCCGUGGUAUGGGUUCGGGCGGGUUCCCGGGGCGGGGAACCCGUCUUAAGGGCGGCCCCGCUGAUUGGCCGGUCUUUUCCGGCCACGCCCACUGCCUGCUGAUGGACAGCUGCCUACCUGCCUGGUCGGAUUCCGCAGCGAGAGGUGGUAACUUGCUACAGGCCUCGGGAGGAAUUGCCGCCGGCGCUCCAGCCACAGUGCCUGGAGGCGUCGUAACCGCGGUCACCGCGACAAAGGAGGCCGCCCAUUGCAUCCCACCUCACCGGAAAGCCAAACACAGGCCUAAAUCGGAAUCUUAAAGCGGAAGAAGAAUUGAAGUUUUACCCAAAGCCUGCUGCUUUGCCAGACUUGGGUCCUGGAUUCAACUCAUCACUCUCCAGCUCUAAUUGCCAUCUUUGAAUCUCACUGGGCCUUGAGAACACUUCCAGUCUGCCAGCAUCCAUGGGGAGGUCUUGGUCAUAUUCUGUGUCUCAGAAUUACUGAAACUGAGGUGAGGACUUGGGCCAAAUGCAGCCCAGAUGGUCAAUCAAUGUGGUGUCAUCAAACACUCAUCUUCUCAGUCUGUGGUCUAGUGGAAAUGAUACAUUUUGAAGUCUUACAUUGAAGUCUUACAUUGGGAAGAUGGUGGCUCUUCCAUCAUCUCUUCCAUCAUCUCCUUAUCCCUUUUGCACCUAUAUGCACCAAAAGAAAUCAUAGAUAUUUUUGCACUGGCCAUUUUAUUUUUCCUCUGCGAAAGCUUCUUUUUGCUGGAAACUAACAUGCCACAGAUCCCAUUACAGAAAAUAUUGGUUACAGAAUUUUACAGCUUCCUUAUGUAUCAUAUUUAGUUGUGUCCAUUUACACAACGUGAAAAGAGCCCACUAAUUUGUGGAAAAUGUAAUAAAGUGAUGGG